AUGUAUUAUCGACAAGAACAAUAUGCUGAUGCAUUACCAUGUUAUUUAAAAAGUCUUGAAAUUGAAUUAAUGUGUUUACCAGAAAAUCAUCCAACUAUUGCUGUUACACAUUUUAAUAUUGCAACAACAUAUACAGGUUUAGGAAGACUUGAUGAAGCUAUUGUAUCAACAGAAAGAUCGAUUGAACAAUUAUUAAAAACUUUACCACCUAAUCAUUCUGAAGGUAUUGAAAAUCGAUCUUACAUUGAUAAAAUUAAACGUAAGAAAAUCCUCAAGGGACUUUUUGAUACAAAUACCACGAACUUUUAGGCAAUUUCUUUUAUUUUCAAUUGUGAGUGUCUGCUAUUUGCCUUUUUUUAAUGAUUUGAUAAACUAUUAGCUUGAUACAUAAAUCCUGCACGUUCUUUGUGUUUUUUAGACAAAUUUGAGGCUUUAUAUCUCAUGAUUGAAAAGAGAUAGAGGUCUGAAAUUUUUAAUGUAGAUAGAACUCCUAGAAAUGUAUGUAUACUAAAAUUUUCAGACCUCUAUCACUUUCCAAGCACGAGAUAUAAAGCCUCAAAUUUGCCUAAAAAACAAAAAAACGUGCAGAACUUAUGUACCAACCUAAUAGAUUUAAUUUGUUUUUGAUUGAAAAAAUGUAUAUAUUAAAUUCAAAGAAUAGAACUCACUGACCAUGAUCAGUUUGUUACGUUUUACAAAUCUGCAAUUUUGUUAACGACAACAGCAAAAUGAAGCAGAAUCUGGUAUUUAAAAAGACAUACAAAACAACAAUGAACAGUAGGUAUGCUAGCAUUAUCUCUGACUGUUUUACUCGCCAAAAUUAGCAAAACUUUACGGCUAAUUAUGAAGAAUGCUUAAAAAAUUGAAUAACACUUAAACAUGCGUGUUGAUAAAUAAAAUCGAUCUCUCAUUACAGCUUAGAUGAGAAACUCAGUAUACUUUUCAUCAUUUAAAAUCAUAUUUUAUCCUACUCAAAAUAUUUUCACUUAAUUUGUGCAUAACAAUAACAUCAACGGAAUUAAAAGGAGCUUCAAAUAUAUUUCAGAGUUAAAAUACCAGUUGUUCUACUCUUAUAAUAAGGUAUUUCUUUAAAAACUAUGUAGAAGUAAAUAAAUCUUCAUGCUUGUUUUUCGAUAUCGUCCGUAAUAUAUAUGUUGAAUUAUUUUCAUAAACAAAAGAACUUGCUUUAUUCAUAAUAUCACACUUUCUUUUUCUACAAAAACAAGGUUAUAUUCAACAUGACUAAAUUAAAAAACAAUAUAAGUUACAUCAGAACUUUGACUAGCGUUAAAGACAAACGAACAAACAUUGGAUAUCAGCAAGUCAUACACAUGCAUGUGAAAAAAAAUAGAAAAAUGACAAGAAAAAUCGAUUAAAUAACAAAAAUUUUCUACAAGACUUUGUAAAAAAUAAACAAAUGAGACAAUGAAUAAAUGAGUUCACAUUGAUUUAUCACAUUCUUAUACACUUUUUUUCUUUUUACUAUUGGAUGGUUUCAGUUUAUUGUAAUAAUCACAAUGCAGUUUUUCAUAAACACCUUCAAUAAAAUAACCAAAGUUAUUUUUCUUUCCAUAAUCUUGUUCGAGAUGAGUUAUUAUCAAAAAAGACAAAUCGGCAUGAUCUAAAUGAAAAGAUAAUGUCAUACAAGGUAAACUGAGUAACUUGUUGAAUUCAAUUCCAACUUACCUCGUAGUUUUUUCGCUAACAUUGUUUCUAUCAUUGGACGGCCCACAUAAGCUUUUGUCUUCGUUAGUACCAAUGCUAGAAAGAAAAAUCAUACAAUAGUGUAUACAACAUUAUGAUGACUAGUCACUCACUUGGAAGAUCACAAAAAAAAAAUACCUCUAUCGUCAAUUCGAUUUUUUUCACAUGGAUAAGGACCAUAUAUUGGCGCUACAAGAAUAUCAAUUGAUAAAAAAUAUUCGUGAUUAAAUCGUGCACACAACCCAUCGCCAACGACUUUAUUAAACCCAACAUCACAAAUAAUCUAAAAUAUUUUAGACAAUAUUUAUAAUUAAUAAUAAUCACGAAUUAGAUUGGAAAGCUUUGUAUUUGUUUGACUUUAUUACAGGAGUCAAGUAUUGUACUUACUUCAGUAGCCUUUUUAAAAUUAUCUUCGUGUACGAGUAUAUCAACGUCCAUCGUGUUGCGGACUACUUUAUGAAAUAUAAAGCAUAUCCGCCGACGAUGAAGUACCGAAUCUUAUUGUUGUAGAAUUUUGUACAGAAUAAAUUGCAUGUUCUUCGUAAAAGUCCUUGGUCGUCGUUAAAAUGCAUAGCAUUCAAAAAUAUAUCUUUGAAUGAUAAAGACGUCAUUUUAUUAAUAAAAUGAAAUACAAUAUAAUUUGCUCAAUGAAUUUAUUCGAGUGAUAAUUGCAUAGACAAAAAUCGCCUAAUUAGUCUGAUUCUUGGUCAGUACUGAAGAGAGAAGUCAAUACGAUUGAUAUUAAACGUGACACAAUCAAUGAAGUAACAAAAAGAUGGUGCUAGUUGAUAUGAUCGUUAUAAUUUUUUAUUUAUGUCACUACCAUCCAUUUAAACAUUAGAGUUGUUAAGUAGUUAGAGUGUAAAAUAUUAUAUACUAGCGAGAACCCAUGCAUAUUGCACGACUGUUUUGUCCUUUAAUGUAUGCCCUCAGACAUUUAACUUUUCAUCCGGUAAAAUACAUACAGACACUCGAUAUUAUGUAUAUAGAUAGGUUGCCCUACGACCUCAUACUCUCAUAUCGCACAUAUUUUUAUAGUCCAUGCAGCCUUCGGCCUUGUAGCCUUAUAUUCCUUGUAGCCUUAUCUCCCUAUUGCCUUACUCCCUUCAGGGCCUAUGCGUAUCACCGUAUAAUAGCCCUUGGGGAUCUAUGGAUACCCCCAUAGGAUAGCCCUUGAGGACCUAUGGUGCCCCCAUAUUAUAGCCCUUGAGGAUCUAUGGGUACCCCGUAGGAUAGCCCUUCAGGACCUAUAAGUACCCCAUAUAAUGUCCCUAGAGAUCUUUCCUUAUAGCCUUAUGUGACCUUUAACCUUUGACCCGGCACAGAGAAACAGACAGACAGACAGACACUGAACAUUAUAUAUAUAGAUUUCUUAUUGACGCAUAACUUUCGGCGACAUCUUUGUUUGUCACUCAGCUGUUUUACUUAAUUGCAUCCAAUCCAAUGUGUAUGUGGCUACCUAAACAUUAUCCUUCAUUUUAAUAUUAUUAGAGCACAUAAUUCAGAGCAGAAGAUGGCAAGUUCUACAACCAACAAUACUAAUAAUAUGCCUAAAAGCAAAGUUCCUGGUUCCAUCCCUCAAAAUGAUCGAUUUCUUGAGUAUACUAAUAAAUAUUUUAUUUUCUUUCAUUUUUUUAGUCUUCUGUUCUCUAGAUAUGUUUCAAAGACAUCGAUUUUGGUUGAUGGAACAUCAACAAUCAAUACUUCUCAUGAUUUAGUUCAUUCUCAACAAUUAAUCGCACGUAUAAAUAAACUUCAUAAAACUGAACAUCUUUGUGAUGGAUGGGUGUGGGUCUGGGCGGGUGUGGUGGGUGUUGGUUGAGUGUGGGUGGGUGUGGAUGUGGGUGGGUGUGGGUGUGGGUGUGGAUGUGAGUGUGAUGAGAAGAUCUACAACCACACCCACACCCACAUCCCACACCCACACCCACACCCCACACCCACACCCACACCCACACCCACACCCACACCCCCACCCCCCACACCCACAUCCACACCCACACCCACACCCACACACACCCUCACACCCACACCCGCACCCACACCCACACCCACACCCCACACCC